AGGAAAUAUAUGAACUUAUGUGAACAAAGAAUGUUAUUAGAGCUCACAGAAAAGUGUAUACAGGAGAGGGUUAAGAUGUGCUCACAACGUCUCUCAGCACACGCUUCAUCAAAAACUGGUUUUUGUAAACUCUUCUAGAGAGUAAACUAUCCUACAGUCAGUAGAUCGUCCGGCGCCUGACAUCAAGCGCGCUUAUACGGUGAACGUAAACCUUUCAAGGCUAAACGCGCGGCAACGCCUCUGGUGCACGGAACAGUUAAGCACAAAGCUUAGACAAGAGCGCAUAGGGUUGUGACGAGAUAACAGUUACAGAUCAAGUAAACAGUGAACCGCGCGUAUUUUACGUGCACCAUGCCGUUGUUUGGGAAGAGCAGCAAGGGGAAGGAGGAGAAGAAGGAGGAGAAGAAGGAUAAGAAGGUGCCGAGUGUUGAAGACAAAUAUGAUCUAAAGGAUAUCCUUGGAACUGGUGCGUUUUCUCAAGUCCGACUGGCUGAAAGCAAAGACGAUGGAAAUAUGUACGCGGUCAAGAUAAUUGACAAGAAAGCGCUUAAGGCAUGGGAUCACAUAAUGAGUUAUAUUAUUUCGAUUCUAUAUGUUGCAAGGUUGAAGCAUAAGAAUGUUGUGAAACUGCUUGAAGCAUAUGAAAGCCGCAGCAACGUGUAUCUCGUGAUGCAGCUUGUGACUGGCGGAGAACUGUUUGACCGUAUUGUUGAGAAAGGUUCUUACACAGAGAAGGAUGCAGCUGAUCUCAUCCGACAGGUUUUAUCUGCAGUAUCUUAUAUGCACGAAGAGGGGGUGGUACACAGGGAUCUUAAACCAGAAAAUCUUCUAUACUAUAGUCCUGAACCUGACAGCAAAAUCAUGAUCAGUGAUUUCGGUCUAUCCAAGAUGGAGGACAGUGGUGUCAUGGCAACAGCAUGUGGAACACCAGGCUACGUUGCUCCAGAGGUGUUGGCCCAGAAACCCUACGGAAAAGCUGUGGAUGUCUGGAGUAUAGGUGUUAUUUCCUAUAUCCUUUUGUGUGGAUACCCUCCGUUUUAUGAUGAAAAUGAUGCAAAUUUAUUUGCUCAAAUUCUGAAAGGAGAAUUUGAGUUUGAUUCCCCCUACUGGGAUGACAUCAGUGACGACGCCAAGGACUUCAUCAGAAACCUGAUGUGUGUUAAUGUGGAACAACGUCUAACAUGCGAUCUGUCCCUGCAACACAAAUGGAUAACCGGUUCUCAGUCUGAGAGGAAUAUCCAUGCAACUGUGUCAGAACAGCUGAAGAAAAACUUCGCCAAGUCCAGAUGGCGGCAAGCAUACAACGCGAUAGCGGUCAGCAGGCAGAUGAAGCUGCUAGCACUCAGCAGUAAAACAUCAAGAGAGAGCAGUGCUGAAAGAGAAUUGCCCAAUGCAGAAGUAAGACUAAGAUAAUUGGGAGCUGAGGGAAAACUUAUAAAGAAGCAUCUUGUGUUCAGACACAUCAAAUAAAGGACAUAUUUAGCCUAUUCUUGUCCUUUAUAAAACGUCCUAAAAUGCUUCAGGCCAACUCUAACCCCUGGUCAAUAAUCGACAGACAAAAUAUUUAAACCCAAAGCUUUUAAUUAGUUAAUUAAUUUAUUUAUUUAAGUUAAAAAUGGUAAUGACAUUGCACUGUAAAAAUGACAAAGGCAAUCAUAUUUGCCCCCCCUCUUUUUCUUGCACUGAAAUUACUGAACGCAGACCCCUGCUGUGCCCCCCCCCCCCCUCCCAACUGAAAGCUGUCAACUGUGACACUUUUUAUAAACCCUAAUUUUUUCCUAUCGAACAGUGAUUAUUGUGAUUUUAAUACGUACUUAAACAAACCUUUUCACUUCCGCAGUACGUUGUACUGUACUGCACAUACCGUACUGUUGCACUAUACAAGCUACAUGCAAAAUGUGUACUAACUUGUGCGGGCCCCAUUUUAAGCUCUAUUUCGCAGGACAAUAAAAGGAUUUAAAUUGACUGCAUCAGACUCAGAUUUAACAUAAUAAAAGUCGUCUAAAUAUGGUCAAAACCGGUUGAUAUGGGUUGUGAACAAACUUUUUUGCUUACAAAUUUUCUUUACCAACCAUGAGUUAAACCGGAUCACAAAGAAAUUAACAAAAAUCUUCUUUUUCUUCAACUUUAUUCUUCGUGUUUUAAAA